AUGAUUCAACAAUCACCAAGAACAAUACAGACAACUCAGAGAUUCAUGGACGAUUCUCUUCAGCACUUAGAGCAGCAGAAAAGAUGUACUAAUGAGUCUUCAGAUCAAUCAGACAGCUCAGCAGUCUUACUCGCCACAGCCAAUGCAGUAUUACACUCAGACUACUCUCAGCUUCCAGUAAGACUCCUGAUAGACUCAGGGUCUGAACUAACAUUCAUUUCAUCAAGCGUGGUAAAGACUCGUCAUCUCCAACGUCGCCCAUCAGUGAUAUCAGUGCUGGGAACUGGGAAUGAACCAGCUGUACAAACUAGAGGAGUGACAACAGUGACACUACGUUCAGCUCAUACACAGGAGCAAGUUACAAUUAACGCUCAUAUCCUCAAAUGUGUCACUAGUACUUUACCAACCAGACAAAUCAAGGAAAUCAACUGGUCAGCUCUCAACUCUCUUCAACUUGCUGAUCCAGACUACUCAACUCCAAGACCCAUUGACAUUUUAAUAAGAGUAGAUUGUUAUGGACUAAUUGUGAAGGCAGGCAUCAAACAAUUUCCUCAGUCAUCGCUAAUAGCCCAAGAUUCAAUUUUUGGAUGGAUGCUCAUUGGAAGUCCACAACCGACAAGAUGCUCAAGUCAGAGAACUCAUCACGCAGCAAGGGUCAACUCAUACCAGCAAGUAUCUGAUCUCUUGACAAAAUUCUGGGUUCAAGAAGAAGUUCCAGAUACUUCAGCCAGCCAACUCAGCCCAGAUGAUCAAUCUUGUGAAGAUCAUUAUGUUACGACUCAUUCAAGAGAUCAAGAUGGGAGAUAUAUUGUGAGAAUACCACUAAAAGCAUCACCAUCUUUUCUAGGCAACUCAUUAGCGAGAGCUCAUCAGUGUUUACUACACAUGAUCAGACGACUCACGAAGAAUGACUCAUAUGCACAACUCUAUCACAACUUUAUGCAAGAAUACGAGUCACUGAACCACAUGACACGAGCCAAGGCAAGUCCAGUCAACUCUCCAGUGUAUUAUUUGCCUCAUCAUGGUGUCUUAAAAGAAGACAUUGUUACUACAAAACUCCUUGUAGUAUUUAAUGGCUCUAGUCCAUCUUCUAGUGGUCUGUCAGUGAACGACAUUCAACAUACUCAAUCAUCAGUGUACGAUUCAAGAGCUCAGCAGGAAGAGCGGCCCAGGCUCACUUUAGUUACUCAGACAAUUCAACAUGAUUAUCAUUGGGAUAUGAUAUACAGACAUUCUCGGCUAAUCAAAUUGCUCAGAGUGACUGCAAUUUGCUUCAGAUUUAGCCAACUCCUCAGACGAGUACCGCAGUCAUCUCUCACCUUCCCUCUCACGCCACAAGAAUUAGAGAGAGCAAGGAUUUUUUGGAUAAAGGCAACUCAAGAAUCGUACUUCUCACAGGAAAUCAAGCAGAUCAACUCAAAUUCACUGCCCGUCUCACACCCCCUCGCACGAUUGACAGCAUUUAUUGACACUCAAGGAGUCAUACGUGUUGGAGGGAGGUUAGCAAAUGCUAGCUUGGACCAAGAAGCAAAGCAUCCGGCAAUCUUACCACAGAAAAUUCAUCUUUCCAGACUAAUCAUUGCAGAUGCUCAUGAAAGAACAUUGCAUGGUGGGACGCAGGCAACUCUGAACCUUAUACGAUCAUCAUACUGGAUCAUAGGCGGACGACUCCCAGUACGAUCCUAUAUUUAUCAUUGUAUGAAAUGUGCUCGUUUACGUGGCGAACGAGCGAAGCAGUUAAUGGGUCAAUUGCCGUUAUCAAGAAUCACUCCAGCCCGACCAUUUGCCGUCUGUGGUGUGGAUUACGCUGGUCCCAUCACGCUAAAGACUUGGAAAGGCAGAGUCGCCAAAACAUCUAAGGAGAUUGUAACAGAUUAUUCAGCAGACACAUUUAUUGCAGCGUUCAGACGGUUUACUGGACGUCGAGGUGUCUGCAGAACUCUCCUCAGUGAUUGUGGCACCACAUUCCAAGGCGCAGACACGCUCAUCAGACAACUCUUCAAGCAGGGGACUCAACAUGCCAGUCAACUCGCAGCUGUAUUUGCAAAGGAUGGAACUGAGUGGAGGUUUAAUCCACCAGCUGCACCACAUAUGGGAGGAAAAUGGGAAGCUGCAGUAAAAUCUGUAAAAUUUCAUCUUAACAGAACUAUAGGCGACUCACUCUUUACAUAUGGAGAGCUUUCCACACUGCUUGUCCCGAUAGAAGCAGUCCUCAAUUCCAGACCACUCGAACCUCUCUCAGCCGACUCUACAGACAUCUCAGCGUUGACUCCAGCACACUUCUCGGUUGGUGAACCGCUCGUAACAUUACCAGAGCCUUCACUGGAAGAUGUGCCACUGCUACGCUUGUCCAGGUGGCAAUUUAUUCAGCAGCGACUCCAAUCGUUUUGGUCAACACGGUCAAAACAAUACCUUCAGCAGCAACUCGCCAUUUCCGAAUGGAAACACCCAUCACACCAAAUCACAGUCGGCUCACUAGUACUACUCACUGACGAGAGGUUCCCACCAACAAAGUGGCCUCUCGCCAGAGUGAUUGAGGUGUUCCCAGGAGCAGAUGGACUCAUCAGAACAGUCAAACUCAAGACAGCAGCAGCAGAGCUCGUCAGACCACUCACCAAACUAGUCAUCUUACCAUACACUCCACCAGCAGAAGAUCAGCAAAGGCGUUGCUGA